GUUAAGUCUAAUAAACGGUGUUUCUCUUGCAGGUUAAAGUACUGUAUACUUUCGUAUAAUGUUAGGCGCGGUCUUGUCCUUUCCAUACCGCCCCAUGUAUCCUCCUACAUACCUUCCAGUAACUUCGUGUAUCCUUAAGCUUCCAACAACUUGCUAUCUCCAUUACGCUCGCCUAGUUACUAGACAACCAACUCGUUCAAAACAAUAUUAAACUAAAACGUAGGGUUAUCAGCAAGGAAUUCUUUUAAUCUGUCCUCUUCGUCUAUUUGCUUCAUUCACCUAUAACUCCAUCCCCCAUUCCUCAGACUUAUAGAUUACUUCUUGUCAACCUGUGACAAUGGCAGACUCGGGCACAAACAGUUCUGUGGGCAUGGCCGAAGUCCUUGAGGCCCUGAAGAGUAUUCAAGAAAACCAGACCAAAUUAGCAUCAGAAGUAGAGUCCGUCUCUCUUCGACUUGAUACUCUUGCUCCGUCCGGUCAGGUGCCGAGUCUCGCUAUCAAUAGGGUAUCAGCUCCCCUCGCAGGUGUGGUCCCGACAUCACCGGUCCGGACAGCUCCAACUGCUGGCGAGGCGGAUUCCGGCAAUACAUCACCUAUAACGAAAGAAGCAGCACAAAAAUCCGGAUUCACAUCUCGAAUUAUACUUACUACAUAUCCCAAGCAGAUUGGUAUUAAUCCACUUCCUCUUCAAUGGGGGGCUCCAGAUGCGGCUAGCCGAGGCCCGGUUGUUGUCUCCCGGUCAUCAUCCACAAUUCGAAAGCGCAAUGCUAUCGGAGCACAUGGAGGUUCCUAUUCCAUCUACUAUGCUCUUGCACUAGCUAGCAAGCAGCUUAAUGCCAACCAUAAGCCAGAUUUCACCAACACCGAGCCAGCAGCCAACAUUGGCCCGUUUCCUCAAUGGGGCGAUAAGAAAAAGAUCGUCGCUAUGGAUCCUUGGGGUCACUUGGCCCCGUGGCUUUUCGCCGACGUUAUAGAAAAGGAGGACGUUGAUAUUCGCCCCACAAUCGCCAUAACCAAAGCUCAUAUGAAGCUUCCGGAGCUGGAGGAGAGCGUUCGAAAAGGUAGACUUGUUCCCGAUGGGAAAGUUUGCCUGAAUGCGCAGGGGGAGCUGGCAGUGACCAAGUUUGCAGUUGAGCCAGUUUGGUACCUCCCCGGAGUAGCUGAGAGAUUCGGCAUAGAUGAGGGCGUUCUAAGACGCUCACUCUUCGAACACACUGGGGGUAGCUAUCCAGAACUUAUCACGCGAGGCGAUAUUAAGGUCUUCUUACCUCCAAUCGGCGGGCUGACUGUAUAUUGCUUCGGGGACCCGGCGAAGAUGUCUGACGAAAAGUGCAGACUAGCCUUGCGUAUUCACGAUGAGUGCAACGGUAGUGAUGUGUUUGGCUCCGAUAUCUGCACUUGCAGACCCUAUCUUAUCUUCGGCAUCGAAGAGGCCGUCAAGGAGGCACAGAAUGGCGGCAGUGGCGUUGUCAUCUACUUCAGAAAAGAAGGACGAGCUUUGGGUGAAGUAACUAAGGUAUUGUACCUUGUAUACAACGCCAGAAAACGGGGCGAAGAUCGUGCUUCGGACUAUUUCAAAAGAACCGAAAAUGUUGCCGGAGUUAAGGACAUGCGUUUCCAGGCUCUAAUGCCUGAUAUACUCCAUUGGCUCGGCAUAAAGAAGAUCGAUAGAAUGCUGAGCAUGAGCAAUAUGAAGUACGAUGCCAUCGUUGGCCAGGGUAUCCCUAUCCAUGAGCGGGUAGAGCUUCCCGAGGACUUAAUCCCCGCAGAUUCACGGGUUGAGAUAGAUGCCAAGAUUACAGCCGGAUAUUUCACUACCGGAAACAGAAUGACUGCCGAAGAAUUGAAAGCCGUUCAGGGACGGAUGUGGGAAGACAUCGAUCACUAAAUGCUCCAACUGAGCUGGCUUACUUUUACGACCGGUGUAGGAGUCAAUUGAAACUACGUAGUUGUAGGUAGUUCCUAAAUGGAAACCUGAUAUGACCCAGAACCCCCGCUUCUACUAUUGCCACGCGUGAGACUAAUGUAUGAGCUCCAAGAGAGGUGUGUUGUUUGUACCCUCUGGUCCUUGUGACUGCAGUGGCAUCUAUAUAGUAUCUUACAGUGUGUGACAGCGAUCCAAUUGUAGCAUGUCCAAGCGGCAAGAAUUCAGUAGAGCUACGUCGUAGCACGUCAGAUUUACCAGAUUGUCCGUUGUGCGGUAUAAAAGUGUAUCUUGCAGCUUCAAUUAAGGGUCCGUCUACAUCAGCCUUACAUAGAAGGCAUGAUGAGAUGCAUAGGUAGGAAAAGUGGGAGUGGGAGAGUGGGAGAGUGGUCCGCGAAGCUCCAAGCGGAUUGAUGGGUUGAUUAUCUUGCAUGGAUUAUACACAAAGACACAAGGAAGAGGGGGGGGAGGAUAAAGGUACGGGGGAAUAUCACGGAAUUCGCGUUACGCUCGCGCUGAC